GUCUCGGGCCGAGUUGACCUGAUUACUUACGCCGGAAGUGCGUCACGGUUCACUGGCCCGUGCCAGAUAAAGAUCUACCCCGUGUACAGUCUCUUCACACCUGACCGGCAAUCAGACAACACGUGUGUUAGACCAUCUCUCGUUUUUAACGGAGUCAGUAUAUCUCUACGUAAGUAGUGUCAGUUAUCUUAGUGCUCCGGGCUUUUAGCUAGGACACUAAGCCAGUAUAUUCUAUUGGAUAAGUAUUUGACUGCUGUAUCAUCACCGUAUCCUGACCUGUCCAGCGACCCGUGGUGAUAUAGAUCGACCUCCAUUGUAAACCAGAUAGCGUGACCAACAGCGAGAUAUGGCAAACAGAGGGACCACUCAGCCCAUUGAUGAGCAGGCAGCAGCGUGUUUACGCCGAGGUGAGCUGUUUCAGCCCCCUACUGCAUUCAUCGAACGGAUGGCCCUCUGUAUGAUGUCGGAUCAACGCUUUGACGAGAUCGUCUUGGAUAUGUGCAGUUUGGCAAAGGGUAAGAUGGGUAAGAAGGGAGCUAACCGGAGACAACUUGAAGGUUGGCUGAAGAAGGUCGCGGAAACCUUGGACUCGCUGCAGCUCCGUUCAUUCGCCUGGAUUGAGCAGCACGUCGCCCCGCUGAGUCGUCGCCCUAGAGUAGGACCUGUACCUGCAGAGUCGACGGCUUGUUACCGUGACAUUCGCCUGUCUACCGACCCCAAUCUGGAGCGCAGGAUCGAGGAUGCAGUUACCACUGAGGCCCCUGCAGCAUCGGAAGAUGACCUGGACCUCUUGGGGGAUGACCCGAUGGAUAUUGAGCUCAUGCCCCCAGUGGAUACCAUGGAUACCCCCGUGUUGGAGGAGCCAUUGAUUGGAUCGCCUGCUGUAUCCCCAUCCCAGCGACCAGAUAGCCAGACUGUACCGUCAGGUCGCGUCUCUGCCAAGGGUCCAGCCAGUGUGCGUGAGGAUUUUAUCCCCGUCUCCCGUGCUAAACCCAAGGUAAGUGACCGGCCAUCCAGGAGUACUCGCCGGACCAGUCCUCGUAAGAAGAGUUCCCGUAGGAGUCCUUCACCUGUUCGUCAUCGAUCCAGUCCGCGGAGAGCUGCCAGAAGCCCUUCAGUGUCUGCCCCUAUGCGUCGGACGAGCCCCCGUAAGCGCCCUCACAGCCAGUCAACUGGACCUAUUCCCAGGAAGACAGUCCACGUUGAGGAGCCCCGUACCACUCGAGUUGUGACGUCUGCCGAGCCGAGACGAGGAGGAAUAGUGGUAGAGGUUCCGAGAGGUUCUGGAUCUACGUCGCGGAGCCGAGCGCCGAGGGUCAGACACUGUGUGAUUCCUGACUGCAAGGAGGUUGGGAGCUACGCCAAGCCCCACGCGUUCAACCAUCAUUUGCCGAGGGUUUUUGACGAGCGCCUGCCCCCUGCAGCAAUCAAGGUUCUUCGUGGACGGAAGGAGGCCCUUUUACAAGCCGCUGUAUGGCUUUUGAGAAGAGCCGUGGACAACCUGGACGACCUUGUGGAGUACGUGGAGAUGCAGCACCUGUUGACAACAUCAUCGGAGAAGCUCAGCUUUUCAGACUGCCAGAUAGUGGGGAUGAGGGCAUUUUGUGGCUAUUUGAGUGUACCAUGUCCAGACAACUUCACGUUGGAACCGGUGAACUCUGUAGCCGUCCUCCUCCACUGGAAGGUUUUGUUGCUGAUAGCUGCCCGGAUCCCUGCUACCGAGCGAGAGUAUUGGAGGACGUUAUUUCCUGCCCCUGAGGAAGUGGGAACCCGAACCCCUCGGGCGUUUGAUGCUCACUUCCAUCUUGACCGCACCCUGAAGGCCAUGGGAUUACGACUGGACUCUACGUUCCAGUCCGUGUUGGAUGGUACCAGGAUGGACAAGGGAAAGGAGGUAAUCGUCGCCGGGACUUGUGCCUCUUUCUGCGACCCGGAGACUUAUCCAACCACGGAUAGUCUGAAGACCCUACCAGCGGAUAUGGAGGUCGCAGUAGGGGUACACCCCAAGAAAAGAUACUCGAGCUCGGAGUUGGAUCGUGUCAUCAGGAAGCUGAAGGACCUCGUACGACAACGCAGAGUGACAGCAGUUGGCGAAGUUGGUGUUGACCACUCCGUACCACCGGAGCAGUGGCCGCAGCAGUUAGUCAUGUUGGAGAAGAUUCUACCAUUGGUGGAGCCUCGACAUGUCUUGGUUCUCCAUUGUAGAGGGAUGUCCGGAGAUAGUGGAGCAGAAGCAUACCUCCUUCUUCUACACUACGUAAAGAAGGCAGUGCCUGAAGACCAGCGGAUAUAUCUCCAUUGUUUCAAUGGGGAUUCCUAUGUCCGUGAGCAGUGGUCUAGUGCUUUUAGGAAUCUGUACUUCGGAUUUACCAGCAUGGCUGCAGGAUUCACCCCACCUCAGGUUCGCGCCUUGAAGUGGAUCAACCCUGAGAGAGUGUUGUUGGAGACCGACGCCCCCUACUUCAACCGGUCAGGCCGCAAGUGGUCUGCACCCAACCAAUUGUAUUGGACGGCGGAGGCUGUAGCAAAACACCUCAGUUACACGGCGGAAUCCCUGCUGAAUGCGACCGUAACCAACGCUCAACGACUGUUUCGUCACUAGGAACUCGGAAAGGACAGUUAGGGACGGGGUUGUACCUCAGUAUUUUACUAGGUAGUGAGUCUAUUUUAUAGGCUACCCGUACCCUCAUCAUCGAGGAUUGUAUUCUAGACAUGGAGGUCGGGAUUGCAUCCAUGUAUUUUACAGGAUUGUGUGUCCUUUUAGGACGACCCGCGCCUCAUAACCGGAUUUGACUGCAAGGGAUUUUAUCCCUACUAUUUCCCCCUUUUUGGAGGAAGCAACCCAGUAGUAACUUAAGUGACUUCAUCGCAACGCUUUUAGUGUGCAGAGUCAAAAUUUAGGAACUUGAUCAAGACACGGAAGAUCUUUGUAUAUACCAUUACCAACCCUCCGGCCAUAAAGGACUUUCAUUAUAAAGUUGGGAGGAAUGUAGUGUCUCGGGCCGAGUUGACCUGAUUACUUACGCCGGAAGUGCGUCACGGUUCACUGGCCCGUGCCAGAUAAAGAUCUACCCCGUGUACAGUCUCUUCACACCUGACCGGCAAUCAGACAACACGUGUGUUAGACCAUCUCUGUUUUUAACGGAGUCAGUAUAUCUCUACGUAAGUAGUGUCAGUUAUCUUAGUGCUCCGGGCUUUUAGCUAGGACACUAAGCCAGUAUAUUCUAUUGGAUAAGUAUUUGACUGCUGUAUCAUCACCGUAUCCUGACCUGUCCAGCGACCCGUGGUGAUAUAGAUCGACCUCCAUUGUAAACCAGAUAGCGUGACCAACAGCGAGGUAACUAGCUUGUGGUGUAACAGCAACGUUACU